AUGUUGGCUACUCGACCACUCCUCACGCUUAACCUGGCCCGCGGGUCUGCGCUUUCGAUGGCUCGUCUUGGUUUGCGAACUGCCGUUGCAGCACCUAUUGCAUUCCGUGCUCCUCCAAUGUCUGCCGUUCGAGGUGCUGCAACUACAGCUAAAGCACCCACUACUAAGCUCUCUCAACAGGAGAAUCUCGACUUGCUCAAUGAGCAGAGAGCAAAGAGGCCAUCCAGCCCUCAUUUCACCAUCUACCAACCUCAAAUCACUUGGUAUUUGUCCAUUAUCAACCGUAUCACUGGUACCGGUCUUUCUGUCUUGAUGUAUGCCUACUUCUCAGCAUAUGUAGGAUACCCUCUCUUCAGCGGCUCCUCAGUCAACGCUCUCUCCACAACCUCUCUCGUCGACUUUGUUUCCACACUCCCAGUCUGGUUCAAGACGGCAGUCAAGCUUCCCCUUGCGCUGGCUUUCACUUUCCACAGCUUCAACGGUUUGCGUCACUUGGCUUGGGACUGGGGUUACGCUUUGACUCUUAAGGGUGUCUAUUCUACCGCCUACGUGGUUAUGGGUGCUACCGCAAUUAGCACUUUGGCUUUGCUCUUCAUUUAA